GUGGGGACCCAAUCCAUAUCACCUCUCUACUGGUCCAUCGAAAGUGGAAGCCAUAACUGUGCCAAGGCCAUGGUCGAAGACCUCCUCACGAUCCGGGCAGACCGUGACAACUACUACUACGGUUGCGAUGCGUUGUUCACCCGUCACCCAGAGGUCAUCCACAAGCUCUGUGUGGAUGCCCGUCAGUUGAUCUGGCCACUUCUGGAUGGCUUGAUCUGGCGGUCGCGAAUUUCUGUCCAAGGACAUCGUCGCGUGAACUACUACAUCAAGCACCUGGUGCAAGAUGGCGAGGGCAACUUUGCCCAGGCUCUUGAGUGGCUUGCGGCAUCUAAAGAUCCACGUGUGGCCGUUCACCCUGUGGUGGUGCUGUUCUCCGACCUGAUGUGGACGCGGGUGGUAAUGUACCACUUCCUUGCGGAGCGACUCUACUUUGCCUUCACCCUGGCAAUUUUCAUCAUCAGCCAGUCUGUCUUCACAAGGAAUGCCGACAGCCAAAUGGGUGAGACUGAGAACCUCGUUGUUUUCAUCUGCCGAUGCUUCAUCUACCUUGGCAGCAUGUGUUUCUUGUUGAUCCGACAGGUGCGACUCGUUAUCGCUGACUUCCGUGCCGGAGACGUCAUGAGGUUCCACGGCAUCCCGGUGCCCAAGUGCGUGCUCAGUGCACAGGAUGUCGGCUACAUUGGCCUGCUCACGACAUUGAUUAUCAUGUGCACGCAAGAGCCUAUCUUCUGGUGCAUGGGCAACAUGGACGGCGAUUUCCCUGGGUCUGGCUUGUUCACUUCCGCCUGCCCUGAAGCGGUGUCACAUUUGGAAAUUUACAGCAUCACUGCGGGUGUCUCCAUGUUCCUGUACUGGCUCCUGAUCAUGAACCUGUCGAUCUUCUCUAUGCAGAUAUCCGCCUUUGUCCUGGUCUGUGGACAGGUUCUGGGCGAGCUGCUGCUCUUUCUGACGUCCUUGGCCUUCCUGAUACUGGCCUUUGCGACAUCUGUGAGCGCGAUCUCCCAUCAGCUUCCUGACUUCGCAGGCAUCGAUGCCGCGUCCUUGUCCUUGUUGGCCAUUUCCCUGGGCCUGUUCCCGAGCGAGAAGUUCCUGGAGAUCAAGGAAUCAGUGUGGGUCACUCUCUUGGUCGUGCUUUUCGUCAUCAUCGUCGUCGCAUUCCUGCUGAACCUUCUUGUCGCGCAGCUGAACCAGGCAUAUGCCAGUGUCUACAUCGACAUGCAAGGCUAUGCAC